ACGGCAGCAGCUGCCGCAAGCCCCGUUCUGGGAAAUCUCCCGCCGGGAGAUGGAAUUCCCCCAGGAUUCUACCAGGGUCCUCCUGGCUCCCAGCAUUCCCCUCACCCACAACCCCCACCAGGGCCUGGAAUGAUGGGUCCGCAUGCACAGGCGUUCAUGUCUCCGCGCUUCCCCGGGGGCCCACGGGGACCUCACCGCAUGCCCGGACAGGGCAUGGGUGGAAUGCCGGGGCCACAGCCGCUCAUGCCCAGCACCAUGGACCCGACUCGCCAGCCCGGGCAUGCUGGGAUGGGCCCUAUCCAGAGGAUGACUCCUCCGCGGGGGAUGGCGCCCAUGGGACCUCAGGCAGAACCGUGGUUCCCCAUGCAAAGCUACGGGGGAGUGCGGCCCCCACACACUCCGCUAGGGGGCCCCGCGAUGCCUGGAGUCAGCAUGUAAGGCCGAUGCACCCCCCCCACCAGCCCCCUCUUCCCCCAACUGCACCCCAUUCCCCCUACCCCCACACCUCCCCCUUCCCCCCAA